AUGAACGACAGUAAUAGCGUCAGUUCUCUAUAUCCUCCACCGCCGCCAUACAUUAAGUUCUUCACGAAAGAGAAUGUAGAUCGUGCGUCGCAGGCUCGCGCCGCCCACCGCGCAACUGACCCCGAGCAAAUCACUUCAGAAUUGGACUUUCUCGUACCGCCUCCAAUCCCGUCCGCUGGCCACUACAGGGCCUUCGGUAACAUAUGGCAGGUCAAAGACGAGCUGCCAGACCUGGAAACCGUCGGUCUCCGCAAACUAUACGACGACAGCGGCAAACAAGACAACAACUACCAAUACAAAAUCAAGCAACUACAUAAGCUUCUCAAGUCCCUUCUGCUCAACAUGCUAGAGCUCAUCGCAAUCCUAGGAGUCAAUCCAGAGCUGUUUCCACAAAAGGUAGAGCACAUCCGCACUAUCCUCUUCAACAUACAUCACCUCCUGAACGAAUAUAGACCCCAUCAGAGUCGUGAGUCCCUUAUAAUGCUUCUCGAGGAGCAACUGGAGCAUAAGAAGAGUGAAAUACAGCACAUCCAUGCCACGUGCGACAAGGUGGAAGCCCAGCUUGCCAACCUGUGCAAGCAAUAUAUAGAAUAA